UAUGUUUGACAAAUUUGAUAUAACUCCGCAUUGUCUGGUCACAGUUUCAGCGUUCCACUAACGCAAAAAAUAGGUAAGCAUUAAAAUAUAAAGAAAACAGCAUAAAAGGACGAAGGAGACACUUAGAAAAGUGAAACAUUGUUUAGUUGUAAACUUGGUUCUGUUGUUUUGUGUCAUGUUGUGACUUGUGAGUUCUCUUCACAAUCCAACUACGAACCUAACAAACAAUAGAUCUAUCUAUCUAAAAAUUUACAAAAACGGUAAACAGUUUAGUACUAUAACCAAAAUGAAAUCAAACAACAAUGUUGUUUCUUCUUAUCUCAUUCUUUUUCUUGCCACAUUCUUUUUCACAUCUGUUACCUCUGAAGACCCAUAUAAGUUCUUCACAUGGAAAGUCACCUAUGGUGACAUUUACCCUCUUGGUGUUAAACAACAGGGGAUCUUGAUUAAUGGACAGUUUCCAGGUCCUCAAAUAGAUACUGUUACCAAUGAGAACUUGAUUAUCAGUGUCUUUAACUAUCUUUCAGAACCAUUCCUCAUUUCUUGGAAUGGCAUACAGCACAGGAGGAAUUCAUGGCAGGAUGGUGUCUCUGGCACAACCUGUCCGAUCCCACCUGGGAGGAACUUCACUUACACACUCCAGGCGAAAGACCAGAUUGGUAGCUAUUUCUACUUCCCAUCACUUGGAAUGCAUAAAGCUGCUGGUGCAUUUGGUGCAAUCAGAAUUUGGAGCCGCCCUGGCAUUCCUGUCCCUUUUCCUUCUCCUUCAGGAGACAUUACCAUACUUGCUGGUGAUUGGUUCAAGCUAGGCCACCGCAGAUUGAGACGAGUCGUCGAGAGUGGUCACAAUCUCCCCUUCCCUGACGGCCUUCUUAUCAAUGGUCGUGGUUGGAAUGGAAACACAUUCACUGUCGAUCAAGGUAGGACAUAUAGAUUCAGGAUAUCAAAUGUGGGGCUGGCAACAUCCCUCAACUUCAGAAUCCAAGGGCACAGAUUGAAACUUGUGGAAGUAGAAGGAUCUCAUACCCUCCAAAACACUUACUCUUCACUCGACAUCCAUCUAGGACAGUCCUAUUCUGUUCUGGUCACAGCUGAUCAGCCUGUCAAGGAUUACUAUGUAGUUGUCUCUACGCGAUUCACCAGACGAGUACUCACAACAACUUCCAUUCUUCAUUACAGCAAUUCACGUAUCGGAGUAUCUGGCCCUGCUCCUCCCGGGCCUACUCUUGAUAUUGCCUCAUCUGUCUUUCAAGCCAGAACUAUCCGGUGGAACCUGACAGCAAGCGGACCAAGACCAAACCCUCAAGGAUCUUACCACUAUGGAUUGAUCAAGCCAAGUCGAACCAUCAUGCUUGCAAACUCUGCUCCUUAUAUCAAUGGCAAGCAGAGGUAUGCGGUCAACAGUGUAUCGUAUAUUGCACCAGACACUCCAUUGAAACUUGCUGACUACUUCAACAUUCCCGGAGUUUUCUAUGUUGGAAGCAUUCCUACCUCGCCUACCGGAGGCAAUAAUGGCUACCUCCAAACUGCUGUCAUGGGUGCUAAUUUCCAUGAAAAUGUGGAGAUUGUGUUCCAAAAUUGGGAGAAUUCUGUGCAGUCAUGGCACAUUGACGGCUAUUCCUUCUUUGUUGUAGGGUUUGGUAGCGGGCAAUGGACACCUGAUAGUAGAGGACGCUACAAUCUGAGAGACACUGUUGCUAGAUGCACUACUCAGGUUUACCCAAGGUCAUGGACAGCAGUAUACAUUGCACUUGACAAUGUUGGAAUGUGGAAUAUAAGGUCUGAGAAUUGGGAAAGACAGUACUUAGGACAACAAUUCUAUCUUAGAGUAUACACGCCUUCAAAAUCAUUGAGAGAUGAAUAUCCAGUUCCAAAGAAUGCUCUUCUAUGUGGCAGAGCAAGUGGUCGUGUCACAAGGCCUUUCUAGUUUAAUUAGGAUAGUAUAGUAUAUUUAUAACAUGAUGUCACGAGAGGGUGGCAUAAUGUUUAUAUCUAUGUCUAUCAAUGAUAUGAUGAGGACUUAUUCUAAAUUGGCGGGAAAUUUAGUCUCAAAGCUCUCCUUGAGCUUCCACUGUUAGUCUCAUUUUUUUUGGAAACAGAUGAAUGAUGAAGUAUUAAUAAGGUUAGUUUAUUCUGUAAUCUUUGUAACAACAUAAAGUUUUCUCAAUAGGUAUUUUGCCAAGCUUUUACUUUUCAA